CGUUUCCUUCCAAUCCCAUAAUGCUUUCUGCUUUCCACACCUUCUCAAGAUGGCGGCUCUUGGGAGCUGCUGCGAAAGGGUUUGCAAAACUGGCUGGCUGCCUGCUCUUCAGUUCAUCCGCCAUGGCUCCAAAGCUGUCACCCGCCACUGGAAACCUAUGAACCUUAUGCGGAAGAAGCUGAUGGAAGUGACAAAAUAUAUCCCUCCAAAACCUGCAAUCCCAGAGGAGUGCAAACCCCGUGUUAAUCUUGUUGAGGAGCCAAAUGGCUAUGAGAAGCUGUUGUUUCGGGACGUGAAGGAAACUUUCCUCACAAAUAAAAUGAUUGUGGUAUGCCAGUACAACUAUCUUCCUGGAAAUGACAUGAUAUUCAUGAAGCAUCGGCUGCGGAAACACAAUAUCCAUGUCAAGUUCUUCCCCAAUAAGAUUGUGAGAGCUUUCCUUUCGGAAUCCAGGUAUAAGAAUCUCCUUCCUCUCUUUGUGGGGCGCAAUCUUCUAAUAGUGAGUCAGGAGACAAAGGCACGGGAAAUGUUGCGCAUCCUGAAGAAUAUUCCACAGGUGACCCUCCUUGGAGCAUAUGUUGAUAAUGUCAUCCUAAGCAAACACGGUUUCACAAACUAUGCCAAUCUACCAUCCAUGGUGAUCACCCAAGGAGAGGUGGUGGGUGCUCUUUCUCUCAUGACAUCCCAGACUAGCACACUUCUGCGGCGCGGACCUGUUUUCUUGACUUCCUUGUUGGACCAGUAUGUUAAACAGCAGAGCUGUGAAGCUGUGGAAGCAACGGAGGUGGCGGAGACUCCUGACAAUUCAGAAGGCCUUUGCUGAAUACCCUUACUAUUCCUCGCCUCAGAUACAAAUUACCAUCUGUCCGUUGCAUGUUCAUGGCUUAGGUUGGGCGUCCUUAAGUUGACAGAGCUGAUAUCAGUUCAGUAUAUCAUUUGGAUUAAGAGGAGAUAAAACUAUGACCAGAUUGUGUAUGAGGGGGUGCUGGAUUUCAGCUUUUUGUCGGGAUAUCAGGUCAGCCCUUGAUUCCUAUUUACGUUGGUUUAAGGUGUAAUCCUAUGCAUGUUUAGACAGAAAGAAGUCCAACAGAAUUCUCAGAAUUUCUUCUGGGGCUGGGAAAUUCUGGGUGAUGUAGGAUUUUUUUCCUAUCUGAACAUGCAUAGGGCUGUAUCCUUAUGUAAAAUCGAGCAGGCAUCAAAGUAAUGCAGCAAAUCAAGUCACCUAAUCAAAGUCUAUUACAAAUUAUAACAAACUUGACAGACUGGUGAAUUGAGAAACCAAGUAUUAAAUGCAGCAUCAUGCUCAUCUCUGUGGAGGUUUUUACACUUAAGGACUUAAAGAAUUAUAUCUCAUGUUUGCAGUUGUAAUAUUAUUAAACUCUUUUUUUAAGGA